AUGCUGCAUACUUUUCUUAUACUGGAUGGACAUCCGGAUACAUUUGCUACAACGAGUAGACUGGAUGAUAAAAAUAUAGAUCCAACGCUCAAAGUGCCAUACUUUCCUCUAUGGACGAGUAUGGUGUCGAGCUCGUUAGAAUUUUGUAGAAUCGUCUGGGAAAUUCAAUCCAGCCAGCCCUAUCUUAUUAACGUCCUUGUAGCCAACAAGCAGCCGAUCGUUCUUAAUCACGUAGAGCAGCAAAACACCACCACACUCGAAAGACAGUUUCCUCAUGCUCAACCGAGAGAAUGUUCUCCGGACGACAGACUGCAAAAAUGCAUUGAAAAAGCACUUGCGCUCUAUGUACAACACCAUCAGCAGGACAAUGUCACUUUACGACGAUGCCGUGUGAUCCUGUUGACACUUGUCAAGGAGGCUUCAGAAAAACCCUUCCAGUUAAGUCAUGUUCAGGUCGAUGUCCUACGUCUACUACCCUAUGCAAACACACCAGGAACAGUUUUAGAACACAGCAUUCUCUCAAAACAGAUAUCAUCAGAAAUCACCAUGUCUGUAUAUACCCUUCCCAACCAUCAACAUAGUUUAUUGCAUGCGAUGCGUCAUUUAGCACAACUGUAUUAUAACAUUAACACCUUACAUAUCACCAAUAUACCCAUGAAGUCUUCAACAGCACAACAGCAAUCAACACAUACUGUCACAUUUUACUAUCAAGCCAAUGGAUCUCAUCUCAUCAAUCAACAAGCACCAUUGGCAAACCAAUAUAUACAUGAACCAGAUUAUCUCUCUCACAGAAGUCUGACUUUACUUUAUUUUAAACGUAGUAAGCGUGCUUUGUCAGCGACUCAAGUCUAUGUAGGGAUGACAACACAAGGCAGUAUUUCUUACCUUACAACCCCCAACCAAAGUCAUACAAACGAUUGGACACACAUGUUGAGGGUACAACCCCAAGGCAAUAAAAAAACCAUCUAUUUGCACUGUCUGAAUACCCCACUGAAACAACAAUUCACACAGGCUGAAAAUGAUAUCCUCGAUCUAUCAAGAGUAAAAACAGAAAAUGACCAUGACGAGGGCUUCCUCUCCUCGCUUCAUGGACCCUUAAAGCCCGAGGAGAAUCCCUUGAAAAUAGCAGAGUUGAUAGACACGAUUAUCCGUCCUAAUUUAUAUGACACUAUCCAACAAUUCAUAGAGGCCCCCCGAAAAGAUCCUUUAUGUAGACGGGUCAACAUCCAUCCACUGCGCUAUUCUCGUUACCUGCCUCUUAUCCAUUCCUCUGCCAUCCUCUCGGCCACCACCGACGACAGUGUCACCGCAACCACCACCCCUACCACUACCACCGCCACCACAAAAACGCCAUCCGCCAUGCAGACAAUGCGCUUUAUAGAAAAGGCAACACAGGAGGAGGAGGAGGAGGAGGAGGACGGUGCCACGUCGAUCGACGCGGCCUGGGAUCAAGUCAAACGUUAUGAAACCAUGUCACUAAGAGAAAGAGAAGAGGUCGCGAAAGGCAUUCUGCCUAGCAUGGUGAAACCAGAGAGAUACACCCAUCCACCACCCCUCCCUUCUUCAGCAGGAGGAGGAGGAAAAAUACGAUUCAAUCCGAAUUUUAGACCCAAAACGGACAUGGGGCCAUCGCCCUCGCCGCUGCCGCCAAAAUACCCAGACCCUUCUGUUGCCGUGCCCUAUUUAGACUUUGUUGCGCCCACGCUUGACGAAAAAGCAAAAGAAGAAAAGGAAGAGGAGGCCCGGUUGGGUAAGCCGGGUAACCUGCUGUGGUUGUAUUGGAAAAGUGACAAGAUAGGUAAACACGGACAUUCAGAAGAGGGUGAUCUGAUGGCCUCUGGUUCAGAACUGGUCUUCAAGAACAACCGCUGGAAACGGAUCAAGAAAGAAUUCCAUGGCCGUGUGGCCCAACCCGGAGAGAAAGGCGAAACUUUCUGA